AUGUCUUUGUGGGACCGAAUCAACAGUCGCCUUACCUUCCAAAGCGGUAUAGGCUUCAUGUACCGCCAACUGUUCAUGCAUCCUCCGCCAAUCGCAGCAGGAGUCACUCUUGAAGGUCAGACAGCCAUUAUCACCGGCGCGAAUACCGGCCUGGGGUUCGAGGCAGCGCGACAGCUCCUCCAGCUAGAUCUCUCUCGGCUCAUUCUAGCCGUCCGAUCGCAGGCCAAAGGCGACGUUGCAGCAGAAGCCCUCCACAGGGAGUUUAUACGGGCUGAAGUCGAAGUCUGGAUCCUAGAUAUGGAAGAUCCCGAAUCUGUCGCGGCGUUUGCCAGACGAUGUCAGACUCUGGGUAGGCUGGACAUGGUCGUUUUGAACGCCGGUGUGCAAAACAAGGACUAUGUUGUCUCGCCCAAGACAGGCAAAGAGCAGACUUUCCAGGUCAACUACCUCUCGACUAUCAUGUUGGCGGUGCUUCUCCUGCCGAUAUUGAGAGCCAAAACCGGGUUGGUGGGAAAGCCGGCGAGGCUCACAAUUGUAACGUCGACGACGGCAUAUUUCGCGGAUUUCGACCAAAAGCAACCAAUCUUGCCGCAGUUCGACGAGAAGUAUGAUGUUACGAAAUGUUAUCCCGUUCUGAUGUAUUCGAAACGUGGUGACGAUGUGGAAAAGAAGGUUCUGAGCGAGACCAGGCAGAUUUUGGAAUCCAUGAACGUUUCGCACAGCGCAAUGCAAGACUUUUAG